CUCUUUCUCACUCUUUCAUGCUCUCUCCCUCCCCGGCCCGCUGUCAGUGUCACUCUGUAGUGGAGAUGUGGAGUGUCUUCCUGUCUCUCUGUGUCUUUCUCCGGCCGAAUUCUGCUGAAGAAGUGAUGUUGCUGGACACAACAGAAUCUACCUCAGAACUGGGCUGGACCACCUACCCGGACACUGGGUGGGAUGAAGUGAGCGUACUGGACGACCGCGGGAAACUCAUCCGGACGUUCGAGGUGUGCAACGUCAACCAGAAUUCCCGCACAAAAGACAACUGGUUGGCCACGCCCUUCCUGUACCGCCACGCCGCCCCGCGGGUCUUCGUCACCUUGCGCUUCUCGGUGCGAGACUGCGCCAGCCUGCGGACACCGUCGCCCACCUGUAGAGAGACCCUCACCUUGUACUACAAGCAGGCUGACAGCCAGCGGGAACUGGAGAGAACCUGGGCGGCUGAGCCUUCCAGCGGUGAGAAGGAGAGCAGGGAGGGCUGGGUGAAGAUCGAUACCAUCGCGGCAGACAAAAGUUUUUCCAAGGUGGAGCCCAGUUCGCCGCAUCAGUACCAACCCAACAGAUACAGUCGCAUCAACAUCAAGACACGCAGCUUUGCCCCGCUCACUCGCAAUGGAUUCGUGCUGGCCAUCGUCGACAGCGGCGCGUGCGUGUCCCUGAUGGGGGUGUCGGUCUUCUACCGCCGCUGUGCCGCCACCAGCCUGCACUUGGCGUCCUACCCCGCCACCCCCUCCGGAGCCGAGGCCACGGCUCUGGUGCCCGUGAGGGGCACGUGCGUCCCCCACAGCAAGUCCCAAGGGGGCAGCGGGCCUCGCAUGCACUGCAACGCCGAGGGCGAGUGGAUGGUGCCCGUCGGGGGGUGCGUCUGCGAUGAGGGCUACGAACCCAACCAAAAUGGUUCUGCCUGCUUGGGCUGUCAAGUGGGCUACUUCAAGCCAGCUUCGGGUUCCGUCUCUUGCUCGGCGUGCCCCCCCAACAGCCGAACCAGCCACGAGGGGUCCAGCGUGUGCGAAUGUCGCAGCGGCUUUUACCGGGCGGCCGGCGAUGCCAACUCGUCCGCCUGCACAACUCCUCCCUCCGCUCCGCAGUCCUUGUCCUGGGAGUACGAGACCGGCGACGGCGGGGUGUCCCUGAGGUGGCGCCCUCCGGCGGAUAUGGGCGGUCGCGGCGAAGUGUGGUACGGGGUGGUGUGUCGCAUCUGCCCCUCGGCCACCGUCACCAACCCGGCCUCGUGCUCCUGGUGCGGAGAGGGUGUCACCUUCAGCCCCGUUCAGACCAAACUCAAGCAAACCAGUGUGACCCUCAACAACCUGCUCACCAGGGUCACUUAUCUCAUCCAGGUGCAAGCAAUGAAUGAGGUGUCCGCUUUGAGUCCCUUCCCAGCUCGAUACACAAGCAUCAAUUUUACCACCAGCCAGUCAGUUCCCAGUGUAGUUCCCAUGAUGCACCAGCUGAGCCGUUCACCGGAGUCCAUCACCCUAUCGUGGCCCCAACCUGACAGACCCAAUGGGGACAUCCUGGAGUAUCAGCUCAGAUACUUUGAUAAGGGCUCAGACGUGGACAGCGCCUUCAGCGUGUACAGCGAGACCAACACGAUGACCGUCAGCUCCCUCAUCGCGGGGUCCAUCUAUGCCUUCCAGAUCCGAGCUCGCAACGAGAGAGGAUUCGGUCCCUACAGCAACACCAUCUACUUCACCACAUUGCCUUUUGAGGAACAUUCCCAGCAGGUCCAAAAUCAACUUCCUCUACUGGUGGGCUCAGUGAUGGGAGGGGCGGCGUUUCUGCUGGUGGUCGCGGCCAUCGUGGUCGUGGUCGUGUUUCGCAGUAAAAGAAGAGCGAGUCCAUACAGCGACAGACUCCAGAGGUACAUCAGUAAUAGAGGUGGCAUUAAAUAUUACGUGGACCCCUCGACUUACGAGGACCCCAGCGAGGCUGUCAAAGAGUUUGCUCGAGAGAUUGAGUCGACUCACCUAAAGAUCGAGGAGGUGAUCGGUGCAGCCCAGUUUGGAGAGGUGUCCAGGGGCCGCUACCGUCCGCCAGGCCGCCGCGAGGUGCUGGUGGCCGUCAAGACUUUGCGCUGGGGUGCGUCCGACAGAGAGAAAGGCAUGUUCCUCAGUGAAGCGGGUGUCUUGGGUCAGUUCGACCACCCCAAUGUGCUAAAGUUAGAGGGUGUGAUUACCCGUGUCUCUCCGGCAAGAAUCAUCACGGAGUUCAUGGAGAACGGACCCUUGGAUUCUUUCCUCAGGGAGAACGAGAGUCAGUUCAGUGUCCUCCAGCUGGUAGGGAUGCUCCGCGGCGUCGGCGCCGGGAUGCGUUACCUGUCCGAGAGGAACUUCGUCCACAGGGACCUGGCGGCCAGGAACGUGCUGGUCAACUCCAACCUCGUGUGCAAGGUGUCUGACUUCGGCCUGUCCCGGCUCAUGAGGGGCCUGGACCACAACAUGCCGACGUACACGGCCUCACUGGGGAGUAAGAUUCCUGUGAGGUGGACUGCACCGGAAGCCUUUCAGCAUCGCAAGUUUAGCUCGGCUAGCGACAUCUGGAGCUUCGGCAUCCUAAUGUGGGAAGUGAUGUCGUAUGGCGAACGGCCCUACUGGGACAUGAGUAAUCAGGAAGUGAUGAAGGCUGUAGCGGACCAAUAUCGCCUCCCCGCCCCCACGAGCUGCCCCUCAGCCCUCCACUCGGUGAUGCUUCAGUGCUGGCAGGCCGACAGGGGCGACCGGCCAAGCUUCGAGUCCAUCUUGUCCUCCAUGGACCGCCUCAUCAGGCACCCAGCGUCACUCAAGACAGAAGUGACUCGAAGCUGCUCGCAGCCACUGCUAAGCCCCACCCCCACAGACUUUUCAUCCGUUUCUACAGUCAGCGAUUGGCUGAGGGCGCUGAGGAUGGAGCGAUACCAAGAUGAGUUCGAUCGAGCACACUUGGACACGUUGGACAGAGUCAGCCGACUCACUGUGGAAGACAUCCAGAACCUUGGCGUGAACCUGCUGGGCCACCAGAGAAAGAUCUUCAAUGCUGCUCAGCAGCUCAAGGCCCACCUGACUCAGGGCCAGGUGGAGGUGUGACUACAAGCCCAUGAAAGGACCAAAACCUGAAAGAAACCAGCAUGGACUUCCACUGACUUUUGACAUCACAUUAAAAGACAUAUCCAGGACUCUUAUGAAAGCAGAGGUGCACUGUGGGAUAUGUAGUCCAGGUCAAAGCGCCGAGGAGGAGGAAGAGAGUGGGAACUCGUUUCACACACGAUUGGACAGUGUUGUAGUCUUCCUUGCCCAUCCUUCCUCUCAUCCACAUCUUAUUUUCACUCACCGUCCACAUCCAGCACACUGUCGCUGUCAUUUUAUGCUCUUCAUUUUGAUAAUAUACCCAUGGAGGUUGCCCCCCCACCCCAAAAAAAUAAUGGCGUCGAGACAAUAGUAAUAUCUUAUUAUGUGUGUCAAUUUAUGUUGGCAAAUACUGGAAAGUGUUUCUUUUCAAGAUUUUGUGCACAGUCAAAAGAUCUUACGAAGAAGUCAUCAGAAAGAUGAUUCCAAUAACCAGAAAGCCAUGAUUUUUUUUUUUUUUUUGACCAGGUGUAACCAUGGUUGGAGCGCAGCCACGUUGGUGACACUUCCUCGCAUUUUCGGCGGCAAAACAUUUUUUUUUGUGUGUCAAACGAGUGUCCACUUGCCACGAGAAGAGCAGCUCCCCACAAGGUUACGUACUGUACACAAGUCACGCACUUCACUUGUUUGUGGUUUUGACUGCGAGUACUAAAACACUGAGAGCUUUGUGAAUGGGUGACGGUCAGAUCGGACGAACACUUGAAGGGAACGGCUCCUCUGUGCGUCCAUAUGUGGGUGCGUGUGGGUGCGUGUGUGUGUGUGAGAGAGAGAGAGUGAAUGUAUAUGCUAAAAGUGUAUGAUUCCGUGUGCGUGUGCUCGUGUCAGCUUACACAAAUAAAUAGCUGUGUUUACAUGAGUGUUCACCACCAUUCUGUAAUUGUGAAGACAUUUGUAAAAUAAAUGAAAGGACUUUA